CGGCGAGCCAUGGCGGGCUCGGGGCUCUGGUUUUCGCUGCUGCUGGCGGCAGCGCUCGCCGGCCGGGCCGCGGCCCUCUGGCCCUGGCCCCAGUACAUCCAAACCUCCGAGUCCCACUACGCCAUCUUCCCGCACAACUUCCAGUUCCAGUACCACGUCAGUUCGGCCGCGCAGCCGGGCUGCUCCGUCCUCGACGAGGCCUUCCAGCGCUACCGCGACCUCCUCUUCACCUCCCGCCCUUGGCAGCCUCCUGAGCCCGCAAGAAAACAGCAUGCACCGGAGAAGAAUUCAUUGGUUAUCCUUGUGGUCACUCCUGGAUGUAACCAGCUUCCUUCUUUGGAGUCGGUGGAAAACUACACCCUGACCAUAAAUGAUGAUCAUUGUUUCCUCCUCUCUGAGACUGUCUGGGGAGCUCUCCGAGGUCUGGAGACUUUUAGCCAGCUUGUUUGGAGAUCUCCUGAGGGCACGUUCUUUAUCAACAAGACUGAGAUUGAAGACUUUCCCCGCUUCUCUCACCGGGGCUUGUUGUUGGAUACGUCUCGCCAUUACCUGCCACUGACUAGCAUCCUGGACACUCUGGACGUCAUGGCAUACAAUAAAUUCAAUGUGUUCCACUGGCAUCUGGUCGAUGACUCUUCUUUCCCAUAUGACAGCUUCACUUUUCCAGAGCUUACCAGAAAGGGGUCCUACAAUCCUGCCACCCAUAUCUACACGGCACAGGAUGUGAGGAAGGUGAUUGAAUAUGCACGACUUCGGGGUAUCCGUGUGUUGGUAGAGUUUGACACUCCUGGCCACACUCUGUCCUGGGGACCAGGUGUCCCUGGAUUAUUGACUCCUUGCUACUCUGGGUCUCAUCCCUCUGGCACCUUUGGACCAGUGAAUCCCAUUCUCAACAGUACUUAUGAAUUCAUGAGCACAUUUUUUCUGGAGGUCAGCUCUGUCUUCCCGGAUUUUUAUCUUCACCUUGGAGGAGAUGAGGUUGAUUUCACCUGCUGGAAGUCCAACCCAGAUAUCCAGGCCUUUAUGAAGAAGCAAGGCUUUGGUAAUGACUUCAAGGAGCUGGAGUCUUUCUACAUACAGACGCUGCUGAACAUCGUCUCUGCCUAUGGCAAGGGCUAUGUGGUGUGGCAGGAGGUGUUUGAUAAUAAAGUAAAGGUUCGGCCAGAUACAAUCAUUCAGGUAUGGCGGGAAGAGGCGCCCGUACGUUAUAUGAAGGAAAUGGAGCUGAUCACCGGAGCUGGCUUCCGCGCCCUGCUCUCUGCCCCCUGGUACCUGAAUCAUAUAACUUAUGGCCCUGACUGGAGAGAGAUCUACAUGGUGGAGCCCCUGGAAUUCAAAGGUAGCCCUCAGCAGAAGGCUCUCGUGAUUGGUGGAGAGGCCUGCAUGUGGGGGGAGUACGUGGACAGCACCAAUCUGGCCCCCAGACUCUGGCCCAGGGCAGGGGCUGUUGCUGAGAGGCUGUGGAGCAACAAGUUGGUGACUAACUUGGACUUUGCCUUUAAACGUUUGACACAAUUCCGCUGUGAGCUCCUAAGGCGAGGUGUCCAGGCCCAGCCCCUCAGUGUAGGCUACUGUGAACAGGAGUUUGAACAAACCUGAGCAAGCAGCCCCAGGCACUGAGGAGGGUGCUGGCCCUAGGAGAUUGGGAGUGGGGCCAGGCUUCCACUGCAUCCCGGCCGGGGGAUGGAGCCCCUUGCCCACGUGCCCCUGUGCACAGAGAGAAGGGGGCCAGUGUUGGCACUAGCAUCCAAUAAAGAGUGAUGUGGCAUUUUUCCAUAACGAACAUGGAUUACCUGUGU